AUGUCCCUGCCUUGGUGUUUGUUUUUAUCUCUGUCUUCCUUCCUAUCUCUCUCUCUUUCUCUCUCAAACAUUCUUACUCUCUUUCUCUAUCUGACAUCGUCUCAGUACUUCUGUAUGUGUCCCUUUCUCUCCGACUAUUUCUCUUUCUUUUUCUUUGCAUAUCUCUGUCUGUCUUUCUGCAUCUUUUUCGCUCCCUCUCUCUCUCUCUCUCUCUCUCAUAUAUAUAUAUAUAUAUAUAUAUAUAAUCAAGCUUCCUCUUUAUAUCUUUCUGUCUCUUGUUUUUCUUUGUCUUUUGCUCUACCCCCCACCCUUUGUUUGUCUCUUUCACUCUCUCCUCUCCUCUCCUUAAAUCUAUCUCUUUUUUGUUUCUUUUUAUCUCUAUUUGUCUCCCUACCUAUUUCUCGCUGUCUUACAAUCUUUCUUACUCUCUUUCUCUGUCUUUGUGUCUCCUUACCCCUCUCUCACCCUCUUUUCUCUCCAUUCUUUCCCUCUUCUAGUUUUCAAUCCUUUCACUUGUCUGUUUGCUUUUUUCUUGAAAUUUUUAAUUUAAUACAGGCCAAUGGCAUCGACAGAAAAUUUCUACCACGACGCAAUAUCUAA